CGUCGGGCAACACGCGCGCCGCCGCCGCUUGCUCCUUCCACUAGACUAGAGGACACCUUCCCUGCGCCGCUGCCGCCGCCGCCGCCUCCCGCGGCGCCGAAGAGAUAAGAUGCAGAAGGUGCGGCUCAAGUGGGUGAAGAAUCGGGGCCUGGACCACAUCAUCGCCCGCACCACCUCCAUCCGCGCGUCCUGCCUGCUUCUCGACCACCUCGCGCGCCUCCCAUCGUCGUCGCCCGUGCCGGCGCGCUCCCUCGCGCGCCUCCAGAAGCCGCUCGGACUCACCGUGCCCGUCCUCCGCUUCCUCCGCCGCCACCCCACCCUUUUCGCCGAGACCCCACACCCGCGCUUCCCGACCCUCCCGUCGUUCUCCCUCACUCCGGCGUCGCACCUCCUCGUCGGCCGCGCCGCUCGCGCCUCCGCGGUCGACUCCCACCUCCGCCUCGCGCGCCUCCUCCUCCUCACCCGCUCCAAGUCGCUGCCGCUCGCCUCCGUCCUCCCCCUGCGCUUCGACCUCGGCCUUCCUUACAACUUCGCUGCCGCCUUCCCGGUUGCCCACCCCGACCUCUUCGCCGUCUCCAACAACCACAUCUCCCUGUCCACCACAUCCCACCUCCCUGAGGACAUUCUCAUCUCCUCCCUCCAGCUCCGCCACGCCGAGGCCAUCGAACGGACAACCUACCGCGCGUUGUCUCGGCCGCCGUCGUCGUCAAGCGCCCCCCUCGCCUUCCCAAUGCGGUUCCCGCGCGGGUAUGGUGGGAUGAAGAAGGUCAAGGCCUGGAUGGAGGAGUUCCACCGGCUCCCGUACAUCUCUCCGUACGACGACGCCUCGGGGAUCGACCCCGAGAGCGACAUCUACGAGAAGAGGAACAUUGGCUUGCUGCACGAGCUGCUUGGGUUGAUGGUGCACAAGAUGGUGAGGAGGAACGCGAUUCGGCUGCUCCGGGAGGAGUUGGGCCUGCCACACAAGUUCACGAGGCUGUUCACGCGUUACCCUGGAAUUUUCUAUCUGUCGCUGAAGUGCAAGACGACGACGGUGGUCCUCCGGGAAGGGUACGAGAGGGGUAAGCUGGUGGAGCAGCACCCUCUCGCGGCAGUGAGAGACAAGGUGUUCUAUGUGAUGCGUACAGGUGUGCUGUACCGGGGAAAAGGCUUGUCAAAGCUUGUUCUGGAUGAGGAGGGUGAUGUGGAGGGUGUAUUAAUGGAUGGAGAUGAAGAGUUUCAUGGGGAAGGGAUGGAUGAAGAAGCUGAUGUUGAGUGCUUUGGAAUGGAGAUUGUGGAUAAUGGACACAGUACUGAUGAUGAGGAUGAUGAACGAGAUAUGGAUGAUUGAAACAGCACGAUGUUUCUGGCUUGCUGAAUUUUAUUGUUCUGAAACGUUAGGCACCACUGGAUUCCAGCAAUAGGAUUCAAGUUAUUGUCUCCAAGGGAGAAGUUUCAACUCAUGAAUAUCCCAUGAGAGUUUAAAUCAGUGCUCAGGAAGGAGAGGUUUCAGAAGGCGGUCACUGUGAGUAGCUAGCUCCAUCAAAAUUUUGAUGCAUUGUAUAUUUAGUUGCUUGAGAUGCAGAAAGCUAUUCACGAUUUUUAAUCUCUGGUUGGAGGUGCAAACACAUACUUAUAGCUCUCUCUGAAUAGUAUGAGAGUUAUCAUAAGUUUGAGAAGUUGGCUGAUAAUUUGGUCAUUUUUAAGGGUUUAUGUAUGUAGUUAUUCAAUUUUAUAAGUUAAAGUUGGCUUAUCUUUUCUGGUUGUUAUGUUAUGUUACUAGUGAUUGCAUUUGCUCCAGGAGCUUAUAGCACAGAGGAUGUUUUAACAGUUUUCAGGGGAAAUAGGCCCAUGUUUUCUUUAAAUACUGCUUUGUAUUUUGAAGCUGUAUUAGUACUUGAGUCAUCAUGGUUGACAACUUGAUUGAUAUUGUGGUGAAUUAGCAAUAAUUGGGAAGACAAUUUGGUAGUUAGGUGUAGGAUAUUGUAAAACCUGUCAUAUAGAAAAGGCUCAAAUUGCACUAUCCCUAUUUUGACAAUCAAGUGAGGCAUGCACUUCUCCAAGGUAGCUGUUGCAACUAGGAGUUAUUCUAACCUAGUUAGCAAA